AUGCAUUAGAGAUCUCUCCCACUGUCUGAAUCCAACAAGGUUUCUCUCUUUAGGGUUUUGUUCUGUUUCCCUAUUGGUUCUUCCGUUCAUUACGGAUCUAUAAAUCAUCUGAUCCGAGAAGAUGCUUCCUCUUUCGCUACUCAAGACUGCUCAAGGACAUCCCAUGCUUGUGGAGCUCAAGAAUGGAGAGACCUACAAUGGGCAUUUAGUAAAUUGUGACACGUGGAUGAACAUUCAUCUCCGUGAAGUCAUCUGCACAUCAAAGGACGGAGAUAGGUUCUGGAGGAUGCCGGAAUGUUAUAUCCGUGGUAACACUAUCAAGUACCUUCGUGUUCCAGAUGAGGUGAUUGAUAAAGUACAGGAGGAGAAGACCCGCACAGAUAGAAAACCACCAGGGGUUGGACGUGGAAGAGGACGUGGUAUGGAUGAUGGAGGGGCCAGAGGCCGUGGCAGAGGAGCUCCAAUGGCCAAAAUGAGUGGCAACAGAGGAGCAGGGCGUGGACGUGGUUGAGUCAACAACUUAUGAAGGACAAACCUCUAUGUGUGUUUUAGCUGGCUUCCAUCGCUGCUGAUGUUGCUGCUGCACUAGUUUGAUUAUAUGGAAAGGGGAUAAUAUGCUGUUGACAAUGUGAUUUGACUGUUUUUUCUUCUGUAUCAUUUUUCAAGCUAUAUAUAUAAUUCAGCAGUUGUUAAUUUUCUAUUCAAAGAGUUGAGUUACUAUCCAUCUCUGUGUAUAUAUAAAACUAAUCAUACUUUACUAAAUAUAAAACUUGAGCUGUUCUUU